GUGAUCCUCAAUCUAAUGGCCGUUUGAAUCUAGGUAGAGUUAGGGGAAUGCCUAACGGCGCGAACGGAAACGCUAGAGAACUAGGUCCACCAGAUUUAUGUCACGUCAUCAAGAGCAAUGGGAAGUCUGGCCAAAAGGACAUUGGCUCGUAUCAUUACGUGUCUGGUGUUGAUGCCUCCACGUCGGCCUCAUUAGCCGCCUACCUGAAUUCCCUCACUUAUGCCUUGGAGGAUAACUCUACAUGGUUCGCCAAAAACCCUCAAUGGAAAGUCAGGAGUGGUGUGUACUGCUGCUAUAAUGCCUUUUCAAGGGUGGAUAUGAGAGUCGAUGUGAAGAUUCCUGGGACUGUGCACGACUAUGUCAUUGAUAUCCGAGGAGAACGACACGAACCGACGCCCGAACUUUGGUUAGAAACAUACCUCUCAGCUAUUCUGAGGGCGAUAUUAUACGCCGAUGAUCCCAAUUAUCGGUUGAUAGGUUACAGAAAGUUGGACCCGAUAACAACGCGGGAGAGUGAAAUUCGUUUCCUGCAGGCAGCGGAGGCGCUAUUUUCUCAGG